AUGGCGCCAGUAAUUGGUAGAAAUUCUGAUCUCCAGCACAACGGGAAAGUUAUGCAGCGAGUGUAUAAACUGUAUAAUGAACAGAAAUUUACAGAUAUCUUAUUUGAAUUUCCUAAUACAAAUUAUGCUUUUACUGCACAUCGCCUGAUUCUCGCCGCGGCUAGUCCCUCGCUGUUGGACCUCUUCGACCGCACAGAACCCAGUUGUCAGUCAAUGACUAUAACAGAUUUUGAUAGCGAUACUUUUGAACAAUUGGUGGUUUAUUGCUACAACGGGCAAACGGAUAUAACCGCGGGUAAUGCAGAGCGUAUGAUCAGAGGUGCUGUAACGUUACGUUUGGAUGGCGUUAUCGAUGUUUGCGUUGACUAUUUGAUGGAUCAUCUAAACGAUUUUUUGCUCCGCAAGCUGAUUUCACUCGAAGCUGAUAUAAAAUGUAAACCAUUGGAGUCACGAAUAAUUGAUUAUAUUGUUGCGAAUUUCAAAAAGGUUAACAAGGACAAUGAAAUAUUUGGCCUGAACGCGGCACAAUGGAAGGUAAUCAUAGCAAAAGUAGACGCCAAUGAAGUUACGCAGGAAGACCUCUUUUCGGCUAUAGUGCGCUGGUACAAAUACAAUGUCGGCGUGCGACAACAAAACUUACCCGAUGUCAUUGGUUCGCUAAGGCUAGACGAAUUUGAGACGGAAUUUAUUGAGAAGCAAAUUAAACCAUUACCUGGCUGUGAGCGCCUGGCCAUGGAAGCGAUUAAGAAACGUGGAGAUUCCAUCUCUUGGCUAGCUGUACAAAAUUUCGGAGAAGAUUGGUUGGGUGUCAAGGAUAUAUUACGUUUCAACCAAGCUAAGGAAAUAUGGGAGAAAGUUACCAGAUUGGAAAUAAAAAGAUAUGGCUUUGAUACAGCUUUCAUUGAAAAUUGCUUCGUUUUCAUUGGUGGUCGUAGUAUUAAUGGACCCAGUAAAGACGUUGUCAGCUAUAAUUUGCUAACUAAAGAAUGGACUACACUAUCGUCAAUGCAAGAACAUCGUAGUAGUGUUUGUGUUGUCGUUUUGAAUAAGUACAUCUAUGCAAUUAGUGGAAAAAAUAAAAGAGGCGAUGCAUUAACUAGUGUAGAAAGAUUCGAUUGGUCAACUGGUAGAUGGCAAUAUGUGGCUAAUAUGCCACGUUUUGCUGAAGCUGCUACAGUUUUGAAUGGCGACAUAUAUGCAUUUGGCGAUAUAGACGUUGCACGCUAUAAUGCAGCUACCAACAGAUGGGAGCAACGCAGGUCAAUGUUGGAUAGACGCUACUCACCAGCUGUGACUGCACAUGAGGGAUUUAUAUACGUAAUUGGUGGCAGACAUAGUGAUCAUAGAACCGCUGAACGCUACAAUCCACAGCGAAACGAGUGGACUAGGAUUGCCUCCCUAAAUGUUUCUCGUCGUUAUAUUUGUGCCGCAUCCAUAGGUGGUCAACUGUGGGCGUUCGGUGGUGUCAUCGAUCCUGCCAAGUGGACUGAUGACGUUGAACUUUACGAUGCGGCAGCUGACAAAUGGUUGGUAAAGAAAAAUCUUCCCGUAACCGGGAAGUUCAGCUGUCAUGCGGUGCCGACAAAAUUUGUGGAAAAGCUAUAUUAAAAAGUAUUUUAUGAAAAAAAAGGAUUUUUAACAUGUGCCAUUAAUAAAGUAAAACCAAAG